UCCCCGGCCCGGCUCCGCCCCGGGGGGGCCGGACACGCUGCAUCACGGCGCAGCCAGGGAGCCGCUGAGCCGGCCGGGCGCCGCUGAGCCCCCGGUGCAGAACCAUGGAGCGGGGCGGCCGCCCCCCGCACCGGGCCCUGCUCCGCCGCUGCCUCCUCAGCCUGGGCGCGUUGCUGCUGCUGCUGGGGCCCAGAAGCUAUGGAAGCACUAGCUCGGUGACUGUGCCAGAAACGCUGUUGUUUGUUUCAACCCUUGAUGGAAGUUUGCAUGCUGUCAGCAAGAGGACAGGAUCAAUCAAGUGGGCUUUAAAAGAAGAUCCUGUACUCCAGGUGCCAACACACGUGGAAGAGCCAGCAUUUCUUCCAGACCCAAACGAUGGCAGUUUAUAUACACUUGGUGGCAAAAAUAAUGAAGGCUUAACUAAACUUCCAUUUACAAUCCCUGAGCUAGUGCAGGCAUCACCCUGUCGCAGUUCAGAUGGGAUUCUGUACAUGGGAAAGAAGCAAGAUAUUUGGUAUGUGAUAGACCUCAUCACUGGGGAGAAACAGCAAACCUUAACGUCUUCAUUUGCAGAAAGCCUUUGUCCAUCAACAUCCCUCCUGUAUCUUGGGCGAACUGAAUACACUAUUACAAUGUAUGAUACCAAAAAUAAGGAGCUCCGAUGGAAUGCCACCUACUUUGAUUAUGCAGCCACUGUACCUGAUGAAGAUGUGAAAUACAAAAUGUCCCACUUUGUAUCUAACGGAGACGGGCUGGUGGUGACUGUGGAUAGUGAGUCUGGGGAUGUGCUGUGGAUUCAGAAUUAUGGUUCCCCGGUCGUAGCUUUUUACAUCUGGCAGCGUGAAGGUCUACGGAAAGUAAUGCACACAAACGUGGGAAUAGAAACGCUGCGCUACCUGACCUUCAUGUCUGGGGAGGUUGGACGCAUCACUAAGUGGAAGUAUCCUUUCCCAAAGGAAACAGAGACCAAGAGCAAGUUGACACCUACGCUCUAUGUAGGAAAAUACUCAACAAGCUUGUAUGCAUCUCCAUCAAUGGUGCAUGAAGGAGUGGCUAUUGUGCCCCGUGGUCGAGCCAUACCUCUGUUAGAGGGCCCCAAAACAGAAGGAGUUACUAUUGAAGACAAUGGCGAGUGUGUUAUCACUCCUAGUACGGAUCUAAAAUUUUCAGCAGGAUUGAAAGAAAAGAAACUCAACUAUUGGAGGAACCACUGGCUGUUAAUAGGACACCAUGAAACACCAUUAUCAGCCCCUACAAAGAUGCUGGAGAAAUUUCCAAGCAGUUUGCCUAAACCGCAUGAAAAUGUGAUUCCAGCUGACUCUGAAAAAGCCAGUUUUGAGGAGGUUAUUGGUAUAGUUGAAGGUUCCUCAAAAGAAUUGCCUCCUACCGUUCCAAAGGACAUUGAAGAGAAGCCCAGUCCACCUGUACCUCGGCCAGAGGCUCCCGUAGAUUCCAUGCUUAAAGACAUGGCCACAAUCAUCCUGAGCACCUUUCUGUUUGUGGGCUGGGUAGCAUUCGUCAUCACCUGUCCAAUGAGUACGCAGCAACAGCAACUGCCCUUCAGUGCCCCCAGCGAUCUCCCCCCAGAGGCAGACUUUUUGGACACCUCCUAUGUGCAGACGGAGAGUUCAGCCACCAGCACACCCAACGUGUCUCCCAAAGCAUCAAACCACUCAGCGUAUUCCAACCUCUCUGGUUCUGACACUGGGAGAUGUCUCUUCACUGAGCAGGAAGAGGGAGAUGAGGACACACACAUAGUAAUGGUCGGCAAGAUUUCAUUUAGCCCAAAAGACGUACUGGGACAUGGAGCUGAAGGAACAAUUGUUUACAGAGGGACAUUUGAUAACAGAGAUGUGGCGGUGAAAAGAAUUCUCCCUGAAUGCUUCAGCUUUGCUGACCGCGAGGUGCAGCUGCUGCGUGAGUCGGACGAGCACCCCAACGUGAUCCGCUAUUUCUGCACGGAGAAGGACAGGCAGUUUCAGUACAUUGCCAUAGAGCUCUGUGCUGCCACCUUACAGGAGUAUGUGGAGCAGAAGGACUUCAGUCACCAUGGCUUACAGCCCAUUAACCUACUGCAACAGACGACAUCUGGUCUUGCUUAUCUACACUCUCUCAAUAUUGUCCACAGGGAUUUGAAACCUCAUAAUAUCCUAAUUUCAAUGCCCAAUGCCCAUGGCAAGGUCAAAGCCAUGAUUUCGGACUUCGGCCUGUGUAAGAAGCUGGCAGUGGGCAGGCACAGUUUUAGCCGUCAGUCUGGGGUGCCAGGCACUGAAGGGUGGAUCGCUCCAGAGAUGCUGAGUGAAGAUUGCAAAGAGAACCCUACAUACACUGUGGACAUCUUUUCGGCUGGCUGUGUCUUCUAUUAUGUGGUAUCUGAAGGCAGUCAUCCCUUUGGCAAAUCCCUGCAGCGGCAAGCCAACAUUCUACUCGGUGUUUACAGUCUGGACUCCUUAAAUCCAGAGAAGCAUGAGGACAUAGUCGCUCGUGACUUAAUAGAGCAGAUGAUAAACAUGGAUCCUCAGAAACGUCCAUCCGCCAGCUGUGUGCUGAAGCACCCGUUCUUCUGGGAUCUAGAAAGACAGCUCCAGUUUUUUCAGGAUGUGAGUGACCGAAUAGAAAAAGAAUCUUUAGAUGGUCCCAUAGUCAAGCAGUUAGAGAGAGGAGGGAGAGAGGUGGUAAAAAUGGACUGGAGAGAGCACAUCACGGUUCCCCUUCAGACAGAUCUUCGAAAAUUCAGAUCUUAUAAAGGGGGCUCAGUACGGGAUCUUCUGCGGGCGAUGAGAAAUAAGAAACAUCAUUACAGAGAACUGCCCCUGGAAGUGCAGGAGACGCUGGGCUCUAUCCCAGACUAUUUUGUAUGUUAUUUCACGUCUCGUUUUCCUCGCCUUCUCCUUCACACCUACCACGCAAUGCAAAUCUGCAGCCGGGAACGACUCUUUCAGCAUUAUUAUAGUCAGGAUUCUGCAGAGCAGAGACUUCCAGGAGAUACCAUUUGAGAGGGUGGAGAUGGGGCUCCCUUCUCUGUCAUGAACAUUCCAAGCAUAGGGCUGUGACACUGGCCUACCUUUAGCAGGGACAAGUGGGAUCAUCAAAGAGUAAAAUGUCUCUUUGAAGAAACCAAGCUUCCAAACGUGCCUUAUGUUAUGUCUGCGCUGAAGCAGGAAAAGAACUGUAGGAGCACAAGGAAUGAAAGCUAACUUCAGAAAAGCAUUGAACCAAGCUGGUGGAGUUAUCCUAAGGCAGCUUUUAAGAAAGAAAGUGAAAAUGGAGUGCAAACAGCUAUGUGUAAACAUCAUUCUGCUGUUGAACAUACUUACAUUGUACUUGAUUUUAUAAUUCAUAUAUUUUACUGCACAGAAUCAAACACAGUGACUGAAACCAUAUCGUUACUAGGCAUUAGGAUCUGGAAAAGGAGCCUUUUAGUUGUAGCAAACCAUCCAAACUUGCUAUUGCACUACUGCCAUAUUCUGCAUUUGAAACCGUGUCUUAGAUACAAUACAGUGAUUGUAAAGGGAAUAAUCUGAAAAUAUCCAAAACCUGUAAAGAGAAUGUAAUUUCUAAUUAAUCAGUGCAACCCUUGAAUAUUAGUCCCCAAUUCUUGGGUAGAUACAAUGCCAUGCGAUACAUUACCGAUUGGAAAAAUCGGUCAGUUCUAUUUACUUCACAAAUGCAAGACUGCAUGAUAUGGGGUUUUGAGAGAUCAGCCAAAUGUUCACAGAAAGGCAAUGACAGUAUUUGGCUUAGAUCACAGUAUUAAAAACUGAGCUAUACCGUAAUUUGGAGAAGCAUAUUCAGAUGUCCAUUUCUAGUUUCUUUGUAGGAAAGAGGCCAGUUGGUGUGUUGGAUACAGCAACUGUCUGGUUGAAAUUGUUCCUUUCUUUCUUCUUAAGAAAGUCUUCAGUUACUGAGCCAGAGGCAAUGUGACCCUGUAGUGGGAAAGGGAUCUAAAUAUGAGUUGCUCUAAAGAACAGUGAAAUUAUGGACCACAUUUUUAAUUGGUGAAUGAAAGUAGUAAUAAACAAUGGAACCUGAGUUCCUGUAUGUCUGGAUUGAUGAUGAUGUCCAAGGUGAAGUUUUUAUGUACAUUUUCUUUACAUUUGAAAGGAUGCAGUAUUCCUUUUCAGUGGCCCUAAAGCUGUGACAAGCAUUAAAUGUGUGAACAGCAUUAAGAAAUGCUGGGUUCUGAUGUGAUACAUGUGUAUUAUUCUUUUACAAUAUAUUUAUUUAACAUAUUUAUAUUUAUUUAAUUUUUACUACAAAGUGGUAUCAAAUUUAAAUGGUACAAGUAUAAAGCAUGCCAAAUACUUUAAAAAAAAAAAACAACCCCUUCUAGUGUUUUCUCUUAACCACUUUUUAAUAACUGAAAGAGGAAAAGCUAUACUGCAUCUUUCAAUGGAACUAAUUUGUCUAUUCUUGUUAAUGGGUAAAUCAUGUGGACAGGGAAGCUUUUAAUUUGUCUGACUGUGCCAUUGUGUCGUAAACUAGUAAAUUAUUGACGGUUACUUGUGUGAUUGGGCAUUGCUAUGGGGUGUGUGUUUUUUCUUUUUCUAAUGCAGUCACCUUUCUAAAGCUUACAUUUUGGGGAGUUUCCUAGUUUUACAUUGUAAGAAAUCAGAUGUCAAGGUAAGAUGCCAAAUUGUGCAAGUUACAUGUUUUUAAAGCUUGAAAAAAUGGUAGUUUUACCUAAGAUGAUUCAAAGUUUAUUUCAUAUUUUUAUACCUCUAAUGUACAGUUCUUUUAUAAUUCUACUAAAUAAUGACUUGUACUCAAUAAUAAAUACAAAUAGGUUUAGA